GAUAUAAAAGGAAGGCGAGAAAAGAUCGAGGCAGACACAGUAGUGAAGCACAGAAUACCCUGUACUAAUUGCAGACUGACAUUUUGUAAACUGAACAUUAACCGUACAGGUCGUCAGAUAAUUGUAAUAAAAAAAUUCUUUAUAAAAGUAGAAGGAAAUAUACUGUUCUUUUAAUUCGUAAACUUUUAACUCGACGUGUUUGUGAGUGAUCUGCAUUCCGAGGAGUUCCGGUAGCGUGCCCGAAAAAAAAUAAUGGUUAUACAGCCUCAGCACGACAACAAUCCUUAUUAAAUCUUCGCAAGGAGAGAGAAAGGCCUGCGCGGAAACGCAUGCUAAAGUGCGUUACACUUUUGGAAGUUAUUACAACAUUUUACAAAGCUUGUUCAUUGACUUUGUAUUGUAAUUUACGUAUUACGAUAAGUGAACGAAACAUGGAAACUGAAACAUAUAGAACGCCGAUACAGAACUUCUAUGCCGGACAGUCGAUCUUCAUCACAGGAGGCACCGGAUUUCUUGGAAAAGUCUUGAUUGAGAAACUCUUACGAAGUUGUGCCGAUAUUUGCACAAUAUAUCUGCUGAUACGAUCAAAAAAAGAUAAAUGCCCCAAAAGUCGACUAGACGAAAUAUUUGAAGAACCUAUUUACGAUCGACUAAAAGAGGAAGUACCCGAUUUUCGCCAAAAAGUCGUCCUUAUUAUAGGCGAUUUAAAUGUCAAAGACUUUGGAUUGUCAGCAAAUGACAAGAACAUGCUAAUAAAUGAAGUAUCGAUAAUUUUUCAUAUGGCAGCGAAUGUACGUUUUAACGAAGAAAUCAAAGUUUCUGCGGCAGCAAACAUUGACGGUACUGCUACUAUCUUAAAGCUUGCAAAACACAUGACAAAUUUAAAGUCACUUAUUCACGUAUCAACUGUAUAUGCGAACUGUUUUGUAAACCAUAUUGAAGAACGGUUCUACUCAUAUCCUAUUAAUCACAAAAAUCUUAUUAUGUUUACACGUAAUUUAUCCGAAAAUAUAAUCAAAAAAAAGAUAUCUAGAAUUAUGUCACAAUGGCCCAAUAUUUAUACAUUCACGAAAGCAAUUGCGGAAGGACUUAUCAGAAAUGAAAGCGGAGACUUACCAAUCGGAAUAUUUCGGCCUGCAAUAGUUUUAUCUAGUGCCAAUGAGCCACUCGUUGGAUGGAUCGACAAUAUGUAUGGGCCACUUGGCAUUACCGUAACUUCAUUACUUGGCUUAACAAGAUUUCAUCAUUGUGAUCCCAAUGUCAAGGCAAAUAUAGUGCCAGUUGAUUUCACCGCAAAUGCAUUAAUUGUUAGUGCUUGGGAUGUCUUUAACCAAUCUAGGAGAGGCAGAGAUACGUUAAUUUAUAAUUUCGUAUCACCAAUUGAUGGGCCUACUUGGAAUGAAUACACUCACACAUUUCUCGACAUAAAUAAAACAUAUCCCUUGAGAAAUGCCAUAUACAUACCCUUAAUGAUUCACUUACGAUAUAAAGCAUCCUAUAAAAUUUGUACUUGGCUUGGUCACUUUCUUCCGGCUUUAUUAAUGGAUAUUGCAAGCAUCUGUAUAAAUCGUAGCCCAAGUAUGUGCAAGUUGUAUACAAAGAUCGACAAAUUUUCCAAAGCAAUCAAACCUUUUUGUAAUAAAGAGUGGACUUAUUCUACUGACAAUGUUCAUGCAAUGUGGGAUCGUCUCGAUGAGAAGGAUCAACAAUUAUUUAAGUUUAACAUGAUAGAAUUUAACUGGGCAAAAUAUUUUAUCGAUCAAUAUCAGGGCUUACGCCUCUACAUAAUCAAGGAUGAUGAGAGUACUCUAGAAAUUAGCCGUAUUAAAUAUAAAAGAUUUUAUUGGAUACACCAAAUGAUAAAAGUUGUAUUUGUUUUUGCUGUCUUUUGGAUCAUAUUAAUUAUAUUUAAGAAACUGUUUAUAUAAUGGUAACAUUAACAUAUUUAUUAUCUUAUCACUUUGUUUUACUUUUGCUUUAUGACACAUGUAAUACAUUUAUCAUUUAUGCAUUUCUUUUUUUUCUGCAAUUGCAAUAAUUUAAUAAAAUAGUAAAAUAAUAAUUUAGCUAUUAGAUCAAUAUGUGAAUAACAUAGGAAAUCAGUUUUCACUUAAAGCAGAUCUUGAUAUUUAAUCUCUUGCAGACUAAUCUGGGUCAUGUCAACGAUUUUUUUAAUUUUGAAUUAUUAGAUGGAUGUUGGAUAGAAAAGAUCGACUUUUGUAAUUGUUAAUAAUAAAAAUUUAUCAGUCGAAUGACAUCAUAUUUCGAUCCUUAUUAAAGAAUUCUCCCGCACCCACCCCGUCAGUAGAGGUGGAAAAUCGCAAACCCAUAUGGUAUAGUACAAGCUUGGACGUCGUUUUAAUCAGAUAAUUGUUUUAGUUAAUGUUACGAUAAACUUGUAAAAUUUGAUUAGUGAUGUCCGUUUUACACUAUGCGCAUCUGGGAUUCACCACUCUCUUUCUUUUGCUUACAGAGUGUAUGAGCGCAAUGAUAUCAUGUGUGCAAUGUGCAUGUGUGCAAUAAUGUCACGUGUGCAAUGUGCAUGUGUACAAUAAUGUCAUGUGUGCAAUGUGUAUGAGCGUAUUAAUAUCAUGUGUGCAAUGUGCAUGAGCGUAAUAAUAUCAUGUGUGCAAUGUGCAUUUGCGCAAUAAUGACAUGUGUGCAAUAGUGUCAUGUGUCCAAUAAUGUCGUGUGUGCAAUGUGUUAAUAUUAUCUCGUUAUCUUAUGUGUGCAAUAAUGUCAUAUUAAAAAACAAUUUAAGAGGAUCCUAAAGUCAUCUGUUUUGCCGACAUUCUGUUCAACCAUUUAGUUUCAAAUUGAAUUUACAGAAUUGAAAAUCCUUUUACACAAUUAAAGUACGUACACAAAUAAACCCGAAAACGAUUAGAUCAAGACCAAAAA